AUGAAGCGGCCAAGGCCGCAGCACGCGGCAGAGCCGCCACUCACGAAACCAAACGAGAUCCUCUAUAGACUGUCACAGGUAACUGAGGACCAGGAUGAGAUGACAAACACCAAGACUCAGGAACUCAGAGGACUGGAACGACCGGGCACAGCAGACCAGGAACAGACGUUCACCAAACAUGAGCAGCAUGCAGGACACUAUCACCGGCGUCUGUAUGCCAAAUGUUUUACACAGAAUACAAAGCUUAUUACCCAUCAGACAAGUAAGGCAGGGGAGAGACCACUGACAUGUUCUGAGUGUGGGAAAUGUUUUGCACACACAUCAGAUCUUGUUAGACAUAACAGAAGUCACACAGGUGAGAAGCAAUUUUCUUGCUCUGAGUGUGGGAAAUAUUUUACACGGAAAUCACAACUUGUUACACAUCAGCGAAGUCACACAGGUGAGAAGCCAUUUCCAUGUUCUGAGUGUGGGAAAUGUUAUACCUACAAAUGGCAUCUUGUUAGACAUCAGAGAAGUCACACAGGUGAGAGGCCAUUUCCAUGUUCUGAGUGUGGGAAAUGUUUUGCAUGGAAAUCACAACUUGUUACCCAUCAACAAAUUCACACAGGUGAGAAUCUGUUUUCUUGCUCUGAGUGUAUAAAAUGUUUUACUCGGAAAUCAGAUCUUAUUACACAUCAGCGAAGUCACACUGGUGAGAAGCCAUUUCCAUGUUCUGAGUGUAGGAAAUGUUUUACACGGAAAUCAGAUCUUGUUAAACAUCAGAGAAGUCACACAGGUGAGAAGCCAUUUUCUUGUUCAGAAUGUGGGAAAUGUUUUGCACAGAAAUCACAUCUUGUUAAACAUCAGAGAAGUCACACAGGUGAGAAGCCAUUUCCAUGUUCUGAAUGUGGGAAAUGUUUUGCACAGAAAUCACAUCUUGUUAAACAUCAGAGAAGUCACACAGGUGAGAAGCCAUUUCCAUGUUCUGAGUGUGGGAAAUGUUUUGGAGAGAAAUCAGAUCUUGUUAUACAUCAGAGAAUUCACACCGGUGAGAAUCUAUUUUCUUGCUCUGAGUGUGGGAAAUGUUUUACAUGGAAAUCAGAUCUUAUUACACAUCAGCGAAGUCACACAGGUGAGAGGCCAUUUCCAUGUUCUGAGUGUGGCAAAUGUUUUGCACACAAAUCAGUUCUUGUUAUACAUCACAGAAGUCACACAGGUGAGAAGCCAUUUCUA